AUGUACCUAGACAAUGCAACUGCUCCAGAUUUCUUCAUUCUCUUGGGUUUCUCCAAUCACCCUUGGUUAGAAACCCCCCUCUUCACAGUGGUGCUCCUUGCUUAUGUCUUCACACUGGUGGGCAAUAUUUCCAUUAUUGUGGUAUCCAGGGUAGAUCCUCACCUAGACAGCCCUAUGUACUUCUUCCUUUCCAAUCUCUCCUUCUUGGACCUGUGUUUUACUACAACUACCAUCCCUCAACUUUUGCUGAACCUUUGGGGUCCAGAUAAGUCUAUCAGUUAUGGGGGCUGUGUGACCCAGUUUUAUAUGUUUCACUUCCUGGGAGCUACAGAGUGCAUUCUCCUGGCUGUUAUGUCCUUGGACCGUUACAUUGCCAUCUGCAAGCCCCUGAGGUACUCAGCGAUCAUGCACCAGCGACUCUGUAUCCUCCUGGUUGCUGUGGCAUGGACAAGUGGCUUAGCUAACUCCUUGCUUCAGUCAUCCCUCACCGUCCAGCUACCACUUUGCGGCAACAACAAGGUAGAUAACUUCCUCUGCGAAGUCCCAGUGAUGAUCAAGAUGUCCUGUGUUGACACUACCUUUAAUGUCGCCAUGCUCUCCAUUGUGGGGACAUUCUAUUCCUUGGUCCCUCUGUCCCUUAUCCUUGUUUCUUAUGGGUUUAUUGUAGCUACUGUGCUUAGGAUCCGUUCCUCCGAGGGUAAGAAGAAGGCCUUUAAUACAUGUGGGUCUCAUGUUAUUGUUGUCACUCUAUUCUAUGGACCAGUAAUCAUCAUGUAUGUACAACCCUCUGCGACAAACUACCAGGAUAAGAACAAACUCAUGUCUCUUUUCUACAGUUUGGUCACGCCUAUGCUUAACCCUUUUAUUUAUACUUUGAGGAAUAAGGACAUGAAGGGAGCAAUGAAGAGGCUUCUUUUCUCAUUCUACCAUCGGGGAAGAAAUGAAACAUAA